AUGCUCACGCCAGCUGCAAAGCGAAGACGAGUCGACACCGCCAACGAGACGCUCCGCAAACCCUUCAAGUCGCCCAUGGUGCGGGGCCGCGAGGGGAAAAUUGCGGGAUCUGCCGCUGCCGAGAAUCCUACAGCGUCACCUCCGCAGCUAAAGCCAGGGGAAGCUACCCAUGCGGACCCGGAUUCGGGUGCAGGCCCGGGUAGUCGCGACACCACGCCCACUGCGGCCACCGUGAGGCAGCGGGGGGCAGGGACCCAGGUGACGACGCCGGCGAGGCAGGCUGCCACGCCUACGCGCCGGCCGUUCAGCACACCAAGGCCGCAGCUACACCCAGAAGCCUCUCCAUCAAUAUCGAGAUCAAGUCUUCACUGGACCGCCAAUUCGGUCACGAAAGCCGGUGAUUCGGCGCCUGGCAGCAAGACUACAAGGGAGGCUGAGGGCAGGGAGGAGAUUCUCCGGCAGGCUAGGCGGAUCCGCGGCGGAGGCGAGGGCGAGACGGACGAGGAGCUUGUUGAGUUGAUCGGGAAGUGGAGGGCGGCGAGCCGGAUGGCCGCAGAGGAGGUGUUUGAAGCGUCCCGAGGGAGGGUUGAGGGAAUGGGCGGGCUGAGGGCUUGGAGGAGGGCUCAGAGGGAAGACGAGGCCAGGUUUGCGGAGAGAUUGAGGGAGGGGAAUGGCGAGGAGUUAUCGCCUGGGCAUAUAGAAGACGGAGAUGGUCGCAAGGUGUGCGAAGACGGAGAGGAGGAAUUUACCAUGGGCACGAUGCUGAGAAGUAUGGGUAUUAACUUUGACAUUAUUGGGUUUUUGGACGAUGAUACCGGGUGGAGGGACGGGUAG